UGGCGGUGGUGAUGGUGUUGGUUGUUGUUGAUGAUGUUGAUGAUGUUGUUGUUGUUGUUGUUGUUGUUGUUGUUAUUGUAGCAGAAAUGUUAUAAGUAAUGGUACGAGUAUCAUGUAGAGCAGCCUCAAGAAACAAUAACAACAAAACCAACAACAAAAGCAACAACAAACAAUAGUAAUCAUAAUAAUAAUAAUAAUAAUAAUAAUAAUAAUAAUAAUAAUAACAAUAAUACCAGCAGCAACAGUAGCAUUAUCAGCUGCGGUAGUAUCAGCGGCAACAGUAAUCACAGUAAUAAAAGUAGUAGUAGUAAUAGUAGUAGUAGUAGUAGUAGUAGUAGUAGUAGUAGUAGCCAUAACUGUUACUCCCAUCACAGCCCCCCUUAUUCCUGACCGCCACAUUUCAAAACUCUACGCGUCACUCGUUCCAUUUUUCACACCACUAAAUAACCUCUGGGAAAAAAUAAUAAACCCAUUGCGUAAUCUUCCUCCAUAGCAACACCGGCGCGGCACUCGGCCCAUGGUUACCUGCGCGAGUGUGGCCCACCUGCAUACACACACAAACAUACACAAACACACACAAGGGGGACGGGACAUUGCAACAGACUUAAUCCUACGUUCAUUUUUUUUUUUUUUUAAUGAAGCAGCAAUGUUUUUUUUUUCUGAGUCUAGGUUUAUACAAUUUCUUUAGCCAGUCACACUUACGUUUGUAAUAAGCGAAUAAGUAAAUAAGUAAAACAGAAUAGAACAGAAAAAUAGAUAAAUAAAUAAAAUAAAAUGAAUUAAUUAAUACAUAAAUACAUGAGUAAAUAAGCAUAGAGGGAAAUGUUCAAUUAACUCAUCCUAUUUUGAAUUCGCUUAGCCUUCUGUUUUUGUUUUUGUUUUUUUUCUUGCGGACCAAACCUUUUUAUGUUGUGUCGUCCUUUUCACAGAAAAUUAACAAACUAUAAAAUUUCAGUGAAUAAGAAUAAAAAGCCAAUACAUUCACUAAAACUCAGCUUAGCAACUGCUGAUUUAUGGCUCUGUUUUUUUAAAUACAUUCGCAGUCCAUUUACAUAAUCAUGGGCGAGUAGCCAGAAAGGAACACGAUAGCCGCAGAUUAGCCAGCCGUUGUGAAACUUCAGGAAAACUCCAGCGCAUCCUGAGACAAACAGCUGCGGUCGCGGUUGUCAGGCGAAGACAACUGUAGCGUGCGGUGCCUGGGGCGUGUUUCCAUGCGUGGCGAAACAAACCCCAGCACAGCCGCUGCUAAAAGUCAUCUGUCACACUUCCACUGUAUUUUGUUUUCCCUCCAUCAAAACUCCUUAGAAUCAAUCAGUUCUCAGAUUUUGAGUUGUUAACGGGUUAGAGGAUUAGGUUAGGAAAAUAUGGUGAUGAGAAGAAUCGUGGUAUGCUAAGACUUUUUGACCGUUACUACACCAGACGCCUCAGAAAAACCCGUCCUGUGCAUGUGGCUAUUCCCGAGGCGGCGGUGGCGGCGUUCGGGGAAGCAUUGUGGAGACCUCGAGGAGCGAUGCCCGUUGCUGUGUCCCAACCAAGGAGAAGCAACCCACCCCCUCAUUCCUCACUGCUUGCUUACGUCACUCACGGCCACGGCUUCACGCUCACGCCUUGCAUUCAUAAACGCCUCCGGGAACAGAAAAAAAGAUAUUACUGGUAUUCCUAACUAUAACAAUCAUGGCACUGUGGAAAAAGGGAAUGUGCUAGGUGGAAGUGCCAGUGAUGGACAGGUGGAGAGUGCCGGCGUCUCAGUGUCUGGUGUCCCCCGCGUUAUGGCACGCCCGAGGAGCUGUCACACCGUGUUCACGUGACCACUUCUGGGAAAGGGAUCGGGAGGAGGAGGAGGAGGAGAAGAAGAAGGAGAAAGAGGAGGAGGGUGAUAAGGACGAGAGUUGGUAGUGGUGGUGGUGGUGGUGGUGGUGGCGGGAAAGCGGCCCUUCAUCCGGGUGUGGUGUAAGGCCCUGGUGUGUCCCUGAAUGCUUGACGCCACGCGUUCUCCUGCUGGGGGAGUCGCCGAUGUGUGGGUGGGUGUGCGCGUGUCUACCCCGCCAGCGCGGCCACAGAAUACACGUGUCACAAGGUCCAAUAACUAAAAUAACUUCAUAGUGAAUAAAAUCAAAUAUAUUGAAUGAAAUAUUACCAUUUUUAAUGCAAUAACUAAGAAUAAUGGUAAAAACAACAACAACAACAAUAAUAAUAACUUCAUAAAUACGAUGCAAUAAAACUAAUCAAACAUUACGAGCCUUUCGAAUACAAUGGUCAAUGAAACAUCCAAGCAAGUCAAAUUAGAUAAAAAUGGUGAAUUUUGAUCCUUAAUACAAUCAAUAAAAACAACCCUGUAAUGAAAAAAAGAUAAAAUUAAACUUGAACCUAACCAUUAAUUACACUAAAGCAAAGUAACAUCAAGUAAAAUCUACGAGCAUUACCUAUUCUUAGUCCUGUACAGUGACGGUGAUGCGCCUUACUCCUGAUCCGCGGAAGUGGGAUUAAGGUUUGUACAUACCUGAAUACACCUGAACACAUCUGGGCACACAUGAACACACCUGAACACACCUAGGAACACCUGAACACAUCUGGGCAAACCUGAACACACCUAGGUACACCUGAACACAUCUGGGCACACCUGAACACAUCUGGGCACACCUGAACACAUCUGGGCACACCUGAACACAACAGAACAUACCUAGGUACAUUUAGUGAGAGUACCAUAUGGUGGGCUACAUGUCACCUUAGCUCCGUAUCUUCAGUAGCCAGGGAUACGAAGAUGAGGCCGCGGCAAGGCGUAGACGCGUUCCCUUGAGCUCCACAAGUGCCUCUUAGAAAGUUAGGGACGCAAAAAAAAUCGUGCAAUAUGUUGUAGCACCGCGACAGAUUAGCGUGUCGCCAGUGCCUGCAUGACCACCUACAACUGGAUGACUGACUGGUCCGCAUUCUCAAAGGUUUCGGCGCCUCACCUUCAUUCCUUUUACAGGGACUGCCACGUGUAGGCCUGAUGGCUUCUUGCAGCUUCUCUUUUUUUUUUUUUCAUGUUCUUAUGUUCCUAAUGGGCUCUUUUGGAAGGUAUUGUGGUUUUCAUGGUGUUUUCGUGUUUCCAGUGAUGGUUUACUGGGGAUUAUGCAUCAUCAAUUAAGAAAACACCCAUGAGAACCUGACUAAUCAUCUCUGUAGCCUCUGAAAAUUCCCUGAGAAAACGGUGUCAAUGAAUGCAGGUCACUAUUAACUUUUUCCUUCCGUCGCGCUGCCCCGGCGGCCUGUGCGGGGUGAAGGCAGCACAGUGACACGCUCCUCAGGGUUACUGGUAGCGUGUGCGAAGGUCAGGGAUGGUUGAGGGGGAGAGAAAAGGGGAAAAGAGGAAGGAAGGGGAAGGAGAAGGGACGAUUUGAAAGUUAAGGUCAUCCAUGUUAUGGUUUUGAGGGCAAGGCGUGACCUCUGUAAUACAGACGUCACUUCCUGAGCACUGACCCUCACGCAGGUUUCCCCAGCCAGGGACCAGCGCCUGGACACCUGCUGCCCGCCGCGCCGCAUCGCACAGGCUUAUAUAAAAACUGCCGCGUCACGCCGCCAACCAGUAACGUUACAGUCUCCGGGAAAACAACACUGAGACGCUUACCACAAAAAAUAAAACUGCUACAAACACAACAAACGGAAACUUUAUGAAAGAACUGGAUUAUUUACUUCAACAAACAGAAGCGACAAGAUUGAUGACGAGGAAUACACUUGUUUACAACGUAUACGUCCCAGCUUUCCACAAGACAAGAUUGGUAAUUACUGGAACAGCGCCGCAGAGCAAGACAGCGCCGUGAAGAGACGACCGACGCACUGCGCCGCCACGUAGAGAAAUAGAGAGAAAAAAAAAAAAAUCCAAGUCGAAACAGACCAAGUUCCGAGCGAAGGACAAACUCCUCACUAAGUCUUCCAUUACAAUCCAGAGAAGAAAAGAUCGGUUCAAUCUGAACAAUGACGCGAUGGACGGCAAUACACACCCCUCUGUCAGUGCUGGCUGUGAUGGCCACGCUUCUGGGAGCCGCCCUGUGCUCGCCCCUCCAUCAUCCCUGUAACUCAGAAGACUCGGACGUGCCCUGCGACACCUUUAGCGCCUCAAGCAACCGGGCAAACGAUGGCCACUCCAGCCCUCCCUUCCCUGCCGUCAACAGGGAGAGUAACGGGGACAUCCAGCAGCCAGGGCACGAGGCGGUCUCCUACACAGGAUACAAACUCCUCCGCGCGAAUGUCGAGGCUUCCAAGCUGCCCCUGGUAGACUCUCUGGACACCGCGGAGGGAGUGGAUCUGUGGUCAUGGAGGAGGAAAGGGCGAAGUCGCAUGUUUGAGGUCGAUCUUCUGACGCCCCCCGCCGCUGAGCCCAAGGUAAAACAGGUGUUCUCGGCCAACAAUCUGCCCUACCAAGAGGUGAUCAAAGACCUGCAGGACGCCAUCAACAAGCAGAAGGACGAGUUUUUCUUCAGCUGGAACCGCCCCGCUCACCCAAUGACGUGGGAGAAGUAUCAUUCCUUUGACGAGAUGGAGCAGUACCUGUACUUCCUGCAAGCAGAGUACCCCCACCUAAUCACGCUGGAGGAAAUCGGCCACUCUUCAGAGAACAGGUCACUCAAGGUCGCCAAGGUGUCCACCGGCCCAAACAGGACUGCUGUUUGGAUUGAUGGAGGAAUGCACGCCCGGGAGUGGAUCGCGCCCGCCACCGCCAUGUACAUUCUAUACCGUCUGGUCGAAAAUGCCUGGGAGUUCCCUGAGCUUGUCAACAACUUCGACUGGUACAUUCUGCCCAUGGUGAACCCCGACGGUUAUGAAUUCUCCCGCAGCAAGGACAGGUUGUGGCGCAAGACUCGUUCCAUCAACCCUGACCUCCCGCUGUGUGUGGGUGUGGAUGCCAACAGGAACUUCGGGUACAAAUGGGCCACUGAGGGGUCCUCCAACAACCCCUGCAGUAGCCUCUACCACGGCCUCAAGCCCUUCUCUGAGCCUGAGACCAAAGCCAUGGCAGACUUCCUCCUCACCCACAAAGAUCAGCUAAAAGUGUACGUGACCUUCCACGCGUACUCCCAGAUGUGGAUGACACCUUGGUCCUCCUCCCACACGCCGGCUGCCAACAACAGGGACUUACUGGAGGUGGGCGGGAUGGCGAUAGAGGCCAUCAGGAGCUACAACGGCACCAAGUACACCAUUGGCACAGUCCCGGACCUGCUUUAUUUAGCGUCAGGAUCUUCUAUGGACUUCGCUUACGGCACCGUAGGCAUCCCUUACUCAUACGCCCUAGAGCUGAGAGACAGAGGCAAUUACGGGUUCAUCCUGCCCAAGGAACAGAUCCACCCUACGGCGCAGGAGACCUUUUUGGGCAUCAGGGCCAUGGCAAAAGCAGUCUUCCACAAACUGUACCCAAACAAAAAGUUCGCAUGAAACACUUCAAACCAUCACCUCAUACACCCGCCCACACAUACUUUACCUUGAAUCACUUCAUUAUUUUGGCGAUUAAAUUGUACAUGAAAGAUUACAAUACAAAUAGCAACAAUGAUUCCCCAGUCCCCUUAAAAAUUAGCACUUUAGUAUUAUUUUUAAGGAAUAUUACCCUUUACUCCUUGCAAGCAUGACAUCAGUACCCAUUAAUAAUUAUCCAGUUCUUAUAAAUCAUGAAAUUUUGACAAAUUAAUCUUUUAAAUGUACAAAUGUCUAAAGAUUGUGCCAUCAAUAAUCUUAAAAAGUCUUAAAGUAACUAGCAAUAAGUCUUCCAAGAAAAAAAAAUAGAGAAAAUUAAAAUGCGUUUUAAAUGUCUCAAGUGUCAGUGGUGCAAGAGUUCUCUCCACUACCAGAGUGAUUUGCUCCCCUUGUGUGUUUGGAAUGUAUGUAGGUAUGCAUACUUCAUUACUUAUAUUAUUUAUUCAAUAUUUAUUCACUUCACUAUUUAUUCAACACAGAUCACCAUAUUUAUGAACUACAAUAAUAAAGUUAUACAUAAUGUCU